AUAGUAGUAAAAUAUGUAAUCAUGCAAAUGGUAAAUCUAUCCCAUUGGAGUAUUGUAAAUCUAUUAAGGCCUUGUUUGAACAGGUUCGUUUCUUGUCAUUGUAGGUUUUCCUCCCUGUUAUACAUUUGGGCCACAAGAGGGUGCUGUGGGGUGAUAACCACUGUUUUUCUUCAACCAUCUGAUGUUGAUUGGAAUGGGAGUGGAUCUGAAUAUGGGAAAGUGUGCUUCUAAAGAUAAAUGAACAAUGACUCACUUCAACAUUUGACUGAAAUCCCAUCCAAAUGAACAGUCAAGUGUUGCCCUGCCUUUAUAUAUUUGUCCUCCUUUCUCUGCCAGAGAACAUGGCAUCCAUUAGGUUAACUAUUGACAGGGAGUUUUGCAACUGCGACAAAGGCCUGUGGUCUCAGUUUUGUUUACAGACAUGUCCAAUCCCCAUUGUGACUGAAGAAAUGGGCCAUGAUGUUUCACCUGGUUAUCGAUUAACACAUCCGGAAAUGUUCGUAUUGGCAGAAAGAGAAGACCAUCACGUAAGCCGUUCAUUUCAUCAUUAGAAAAAGAACACAACCUUUUUAAUGGCUGGAAUACUUGAACAGCCUGAGUGGUCAGCCUAUGCACACACAGGGAAGGUGUGGUCAUGGCUGUUGAUUACCUGGCACAGUGGAAGACUGGACUGAGUUAGACAGAGAAGGCAGAGAAGAAGGAUAUCGAGCUAAGACACGAAAGGAACAUUUCUUGUGAGAAACAAGAACUGUCAACAUGGCAUAUUAUCAGCCCGGUCCUCAGCCUGGGCGCACAAAUGGCCCACAGUACAUCAAUUAUGGGUUUCAAAGUGGGGAGGGGAGACCCCCCCCAUAUGCGCCUCCAGCUGGAACGACCAGCUACCACUCCUCUGCUGUUCCAGUGUACCCACCACAGCCCAUCAACACACACCAAACCAUGACUCCUGUCCAACCUCCCCCACACACCAGGAAAGCGGGCCGAAAGAACAGUUGCUGCAAAACAGCAGUGUGCACUGUCAUAAUCCUCCUGUUUAUCCUAGCUGUGAUAGGAGUACUGAUCUGGUACUUUGUGUGGUACCAGUGUCUGGUGGGAAAGUCCUGUGGGAACAAAGGCAAGUGUCUCAGUGCCUCCCAGUGGUGCGACGGCGUAGACCACUGCCCAAAUGGAGAAGAUGAAUCGAAAUGCUUUCGUCUCCAUGGAACAAACUUCCUGCUGCAGGGGUACUCGUCAGAGAGCCAGACAUGGAAGCCUGUCUGCUCUGACUUCUGGAACGACCAAUACGGUCAAGCUACAUGCCAGCAGAUUGGGUACAAAAAGGAGAGUUAUGUCAGUUCUACCUCAGUAAGCUCUGCCUCCUAUAACGGCUAUCUGACAUUGAAUCCUGGUUCUUACCCGGGCCCUAAUGUACAGGCACAACUAAGCACUAAUUCCUGCCAAGCCAACAGAGCAGUCAGUCUACGGUGCAUAGACUGUGGGGUGAGCACCGCGGCCCCCAGGACCCGCAUCGUAGGGGGGGAGGUAGCAGCCAGGGGUGCCUGGCCAUGGCAGGUCAGCCUGCAGGUCCAGGGCCAGCACCUGUGUGGGGGCUCCAUUAUCAGCUCGGAGUGGAUCCUCACAGCUGCUCACUGUGUGGAGAAGUUUUCCAGUCCUGGUCUUUGGACAGUGUACGCUGGCUAUUUGACCUUGUAUGAGAUGUACUCUGCCCCUGGCAAUUCAGUCAGUCGUAUCAUUGCUCAUGAAAAGUAUGACCAAAACACCAAUGACAAUGAUGUUGCUCUGAUGAAACUCUCCAGGCCUCUAAUAAUGUCAGAUACGGUGAGACCAGUUUGUUUGCCCAACGUUGGGUUGGACUUGACUCCUGAAAGACAAGCCUGGAUCUCUGGAUGGGGGUCUUUGAGGAGUGGAGAGUCAGCCUCCAACAACCUGAUGCAGGCCCAGGUGACUAUAUACAGGACCGCUACCUGUAACAGACCAGAAGUAUAUGGAGGACAGGUGGCCGCUUCCAUGAUCUGUGCUGGAAAACUGUCAGGAGGGGUGGACUCAUGUCAGGGGGACAGUGGAGGACCUCUUGUCGUCAAGGACGUUCUAUGGUGGCUGGUUGGGGACACUAGCUGGGGAAUAGGGUGUGCACUUAGGAACAAGCCAGGAAUUUAUGGAAAUGUAACCGAUUUUCUUGAUUGGACAUAUACACAACUAAAGAACAACUAAUGGAGAUGCCAAUGAACAUGGAACAUUCCAGUGCCUGUUGACUUGAAUUUUUAGGGGAAAGUGUAUUUUUUCCAUGUUUGAUAAAGAUACUGUAUAUUAUUUGACUUAUUUGAUGACCCUUAUGAGAUUACAAAGUAUUUAUAAAAGUUGUAUACUGCCAAAAGUAGUUUGAUGAGCAUGUGUCUCAUUCUAAUUCAAAAUAAUUCUCAUUCAGUAAAAAAAACCAUUAAUUAAGAAUAUUAUUUUUAAAUGUGCCCAACACAUCCAUCAAUCUGUACUUCUGCAGGCCAGCCUGGGUAUCUGUUAGUCUUCCUGUUACUGUAGAGUAUCUGUGAAACCAACAACAAAACUGUCACUGUCCCUCUCAUUGUCACAACAAAGGUGUACAUUCUGUGGGCCCAGUAGAAUAUUAUCAGCAGUGAUACAGUAGUACUUUAUCCUGCAUUUCCAGGUGGCGAAAGGAAGAACAAACUACAAAUCUACAUAUUAGUGUACAGUAGCCUUUACCUUUUCUUUUUUAAUGUCUUCAGGAAUAGGGAAUCCUUUAGACCCAAAGAAGACCCAGCUGGAACGAAAGCCAAUUUUUCCAAUGAUAGUGCUUCCUAGGCUUUCUAUUUCCUUCUUUGCUUCUGGCUUCAGCCUUUGAGGAAAGAAAAGGUCUUUGAGAGAAGCUUGCAGAUAUUGUUGUUGGUAAUGAAUUAAGCAAUAGGCGUUAGGCUAACUUAGCACAGGCCUAAGAUUUAAGUGUUAUAUAAGUAUUUCAUAAUAGGGUAUACAAAGUCUUUUUAUGUAAAACAGGAUGGUUUUUCAUGGGCGAAACAAACAUCCUUGAUUAGAAAAUUGUGUAUAUAUGUCUCUAACUACAACUCUAACUACAACAGUUCGUCAUGGAGAUGUUAAACAUACUUGGUGCUUCCCUCAUCAUAAGUUGCCAUUAGUAUAAAAGAGCCAUUAGAAAUCUUGUGGAGGAAGUUGAUCAAUGCCCCGGAGUUAUCUACAAGACAACAAGAAAUCGUCAGCCACGUGAGAAAGUAAUGUGAAGGAGUUGGUAGGUUGGGACCCAGUAAUGAGUGACUCUAUUACUAAUUUAGAUAUCUAUAAACAGAAAUAGUAAAAUUUUAAGUUUAAGUUUUGACUACCAAACAUACAUUUGUUUGUGGCUGUUAUAGCAUAGUGUUGUAGCUGUACCUCCUUGCCACAUGUUAAAAGAAGCACUGUCUAUCUUCUCUCCUGAUGAUGCUGUGUGGACAACAUGUUUUCCAAAUGAGGAUGGGCCACAUCAAGGUGUGUCUUCAAAGUGUUCACAGUGUUCACAUGACAUGAGGAAAUAGUUGGAAAAAUGUGCCAUUUGUAUAGAUAACAAA